AUCACACCACAAUCAUGCCGAAGAAUCUGAAGCUCAAGGAGGCUCUCAAUCGGCACAAGGGCGUCGACCACAAGCUAGAGCGCCAAAAGAAAUUGCAGAAAGAGGCGGAGAAGAAGAAGCGUUCGAAGAAGGGCAGCAGCGUCGAAGUGGAAGAUCUGGAAACUGCAGCGGAGCAAGAGGAGGACAUCCAAGCAGCAAAUCUCGCCACCAGCCCUGCCGAGCGGAGACGGGAGAAAAAAUCGGCGAAGAAGGCGGAGAAAGCACAACAAACAAUUGGCGAGGCCGAUGGCUGGGAGACCGAUGACAGUGAAGCUGGAGAAGAGGACGAGGGUGGUGUUGGAUUAGGCGCCAUGGAGGAUGAGUCGGACUCAGAUUCGGAAGAGGACUUUCAAAACGGCAAUGCGGAAGACGACGAGGAGGACAUACCACUUUCGGACAUCGAAUCGUUGGCAUCAGAGGAUCGAGGAGAUGUCAUUCCGCACCAGCGAUUGACAAUCAACAACACCGCGGCGCUCCAGCGAUCGCUCAAAGCUUUUGCGCUACCUUCAAGCCUCCCGUUCUCCGCUACACAAUCAGUAACAUCCGCCGAGCCUGUCCAAAUCGCAGAUGUGGAAGACGACCUCAAUCGAGAGCUUGCAUUCUACCGACAAUCACUCGAUGCUGUCACCGAGGCGCGAGCGAAGCUGAAGAAAGAGGGCGUUCCGUUCACACGACCGACGGACUACUUUGCGGAAAUGGUGAAGUCCGAGGAGCAGAUGGGCAAGGUCCGGUCGAAGCUGCUCGACGAGACUGCGAGGAAGAAGGCCAGUGCAGAUGCCAGACGGCAGCGAGAUCUCAAGAAAUUUGGAAAAGCUGUGCAGGUUGCGAAACUUCAGGAACGGCAGAAAGAAACCUCAAAGACGCUGGACCGGAUUCAAACCCUCAAGCGCACGGAUACGUUCGACGUCGCUGUUGAGGACGCUGCGACUACCGCCGCCUCGGACCGUGCGACGCGGAGAGCGAAGGGCGCGGCGGACGGGGAGAAGGGCAGGAAACGUCAAAAAAAGGAUGAGAAGUUUGGCUUUGGCGGACGGAAAAAGUGGGCAAAGUCGAACGACGCAAAGUCGACGGGCGACCUCAGCGGCUACUCCGUCAAAAAGAUGAAGGGCGGAGGCAAACCCAGGCCGGGGAAGAGUAAGCGCACGCGGGCUUGAGAAGUGAUGAGCGCCGUCAGGUGUGCCCGUCAUGUGAGUGUGAGUGUACUUACUUACUUCGCUGUUCUGUUUGGCACGGUCACCAGCGCCGGAAGUGAAAUUCACAUGCGCCCAACCUGCGCGAUGCUUCAGCCUCCUUACUCACUUUACCGUACACCCCUAUCACAAGACAACUCCCACGGGACCUCGCCAGGUAUCACUUUUGUCCCCUCGCUGACCUUAUAUCUGCCUUUCACAUCCUCUUCAACCAUCCCUCAUACAACAUCUUCGUUCGCAGGAUUUGCCAACAUGGGUGCUCGGGAUAUGGCAGCUCGAGCCAAAGCUUCGUGAAUGACUCGAGACUACUCACUCCGGACACGUCGAAUCCCAACGGGCCGCCGGAAAGGAAGAUAGACCUCUCAAAUGCCACUGCGUGGAAGAGAUGGAGUUCAUCUACUCAUCGCUUCGCCCCUACGAGAACAAAGACUUGGUUCGCCAUCAUCUCGAAACCCCAGACAGCCCUGAUGGGUCCAUGUCGCGCGCCACCAGCUUGGUCGAGAAGUACAGAACCGAGCUAAAGAGCGGCAACGACAUCCGCGGGGCAUGGGGCCCAGGCUACAAACUGAUCCUGUUGGGCGUGUGCUACAUGGAGCUGGGCAUGGUACUUCCUGCUGGAUUGCGAGACACCAUGCGGCGUAUCUACAGAGUGGUCGGGCUCAUGCGAGAUGCUCUGAAACAAGUCGAG